GAUCCCUUCAGGAGAGCCCAUACGCUGACAGUACUGUUUCUGAUGACAUGUGCCCUCAUAUAUGUGGCUAUUUUUGAGCCCAUCUCUAAUGAUACCAAUUAUAAUAUAAAACGAGGUAUAAUCGCUUGUGCGCUGACAUUCAUAUUGGUUGGUGUGACACAAAUACCUGACGGCCCGUUCCGUCGCCCACAUCCAGCUCUUUGGAGAUUUGUGUUCAGCGUUUCGGUUGUCUAUGAAAUGGCGCUAAUAUUUCUAUUAUUUCAGACACCAAACGACGCGCGAAAGCUAUUAAAACAUAUCGACACUAAUUUGGGGAAACCAUUAGUGGAAAGAGAUUACGGCGGGAACUGUAAACUAUACGAUCCCGACGUUCCCGACGACCCUUUCCAUAAUAUUUGGGAUAAGUUUGAUCUGUUUAUUCCCUCGCAUUUCUUCGGCUGGUGGCUGAAGACCAUUUUGAUUAGGGACUGGUGGCUGUGUAUUGUGAAUAGCAUUAUGUUUGAACUGUUGGAAUACACAUUAGAGCAUCAGUUGCCCAACUUUUCCGAGUGCUGGUGGGAUCACUGGAUUUUAGACGCUUUGAUAUGCAAUGGAUUUGGCAUAUAUUGUGGGAUGAAAACACUCACUUAUCUAUCAAUGAAACCAUACAAUUGGCGCGGACUCUGGGAUAUACCCACAUAUAGGGGUAAAUUGAAACGAAUUGUGGCUCAAUUCGGACCACACGGUUGGAUCCAAUUUGAUUGGAGGCCCACUUCCAGUCUCGACCGGUGGAUAUCCGUCCUUCUCAUCGCAUUUGUUGUAUGUUUUCAGCAAAUACUCUAUUGA